AUGUUCUUCUUCCUGCUCAACCUGGCCCUCACUGACCUGGGCUGCAUCUUCACCACUGUGCCCAAAGCCAUGCACAAUUCCCUCUGGGACACCAGGAACAUCUCCUACACAGGAUGUGCUGCACAGGUGUUUUUCUUUCUAUCCUUCAUCACAGCAGAGUAUUCCCUCCUGACCAUCAUGUGCUACGACCGCUACGUGUCCAUCUGCAAACCCCUGCACUACGGGACCCUCCUGGGCAGCAGAGCUUGUGCCCGCAUGGCAGCAGCUGCCUGGGCCAGUGGCUUUCUCAAUGCUCUGCUGCAAACAGCCAACACAUUUUCCCUGCCCCUGUGCCAGGGCAAUGUCCUGGGCCAGUUCUUCUGUGAAAUUCCACAUAUCCUCAAGCUCUCCUGCUCCAAAUCUUAUCUCAGGGAGCUUGGUUUCCUGGCUGUUAGUGCCUGUUUAUCACUUGGUUGUUUUAUGUUCAUUGUAUUCUCCUAUGUGCAGAUCUUCAGGGCUGUGCUGAGGAUCCCCUCUGAGCAGGGACGGCACAAAGCCUUUUCCACCUGCCUCCCUCACCUGGCUGUGGUCUCCUUGUUUAUCAGCACUGCAGUGUUUGCUCACCUGAAGCCGCCCUCCAUCUCCUCCCCAUCCCUGGAUCUGGCCCUGUCAGUUCUAUACUCAGUGGUUCCUCCAUUCCUGAGUCCCCUCAUCUACAGCCUGAGGAACCAGGAGCUCAAGGAUGGCUUGAGGAAAAUUUUCAUGAAUGCUUUUCAGAAGGAAUAA